CUGUGCAUUUCCAGGCCUGGAAAGAAUUACUCCUCUAUCCUCCGAGGGGACUGUGGUGCUAGGAGGAACCAGGAAAACAUCACCAACCACCAGUUUUACUACCAAGAGCCAAAGGUCAUGGAUCUAGUCCCGAUGGCCCAUGAGCCCAUGAAAGGCCGUGCGUCUUUGCGUUUCGGGGACAACCGCUUGCCACCCUCCUUCAGCACCACCCAGCAUUUGGACUACCAGCCGCCUCUGGACAAGAUGCCCAAACCAGAGACCAAAAAGAUGGACCUCCUCAAGAGUAACAUCCCCUUCAAUGACCACAGCGCCCUCCCUGCCACCACUGCGCAAGACAUGCUGGUCCCACAUCAACUGCAGAAACACCAACUCACAGAGGAAGAUCUCCAGAGGAUAAAAUACUCCCACUUGGUCCACCCCUGGCAGGAUCUCCGAUGGUUCAGCACCGAACACAAGGACAAGUUCACAGACAAAUACAGUGGCCCCAUCCGACUCGCCACAGGUGACUUCCAGAAGAGUAGCGUCCCACUGGGCACCAUGCCUAAGUACCAGCACCGCCCGAAAAUCUUCUCCUGAGAUGCCUCUCUUCAGACCACAUGCAUGUGAUCCGGUGUGCAAAUCCACUGGAAAGAUCUGUGUCUGCCGCUAUUGCACCCCCCAACCCUCUUCCCCCAAAUUCUAGGGCACUGGGUUUCUUGCCAAGGAGGCUGCUACUUGGGCAUCCACUUGGCACUGGUCCUGCCUCGAAGGGCUAGCUCAGGAGCCGACUGGAAUGCCACCCACUUCUGAUGCAAAUGCCUACGGUCUCCUUGCCCAACAGCUGGCUCCCUUCUUCCCACUGGUAUGUAUAUGCCAACCAUACCAGCUUGGAAUGAAAGCUCUGGUAAAACUCUCACAAGGCAACUUUUAAUGCUGCAUUUUCUUGGGACUUUCUUUUUGUGUCGUUCAUUUUUGUAUUGCAUUAGUCAGUGUUUGUCUGCUACUCAACAAUCCGUUAGUGAAUACAUGCAAUCCUGAAUGACAGGACAAUAAUGUGAAAAUAAUAAAAUUGCA